AUGCUUAGAGCAGAGAACGAAGCUCUUAAGACAGAGAAUCAAAAUCUUCAGUCUGAUCUAAAAAGCCUUUCUUGCUCUUCUUGCGGCAGCUCCGGCGACAAACUCCUCCUCGAAAACUCCCGUCUCCGCGAAAAGCUUAUUCUGUUAGAGAGCAUUGCUUCGUUCAUGAAUCCUCCUCUGCCUCUUUCUCAAGGCACUGUUUGUUUCUUCCCGGAGACUAAAGAAAACAACGAUUUGUCUUCGAUUGCGGAAGAAGAUAAGGCGGUUGUGAUGGCUUUUGCGGUUUCUUGUGUUCAAGAAUUAGUGAAGAUGUGUUACACUAAUGAGCCUUUGUGGUAUGAGAAGAGAUUAGAGAACAAAGAGAGUUUGUUGUAUCUUAACGAAGAAGAGUACAAGGAGUUGUUCUUAUGGCCUCCAAUGGAGAAAUAUCGUUUUCGCAGAGAAGCUUCAAGAGCUAAUGGAGUUGUCUUCAUGAACAGCAUAACUCUUGUCAAUGCAUUUCUUGAUGCAGAUAAAUGGUCGGAGAUGUUCUGUUCAAUAGUGUCAAAAGCCAAAAUGAUUCAGAUCAUUUCUCCUGGAGUUUCUGGAGCAAGUGGCUCUCUUAUUCUGAUGUAUGCAGAGUUACAAGUUCUAUCUCCACUGGUACCAACAAGAGAAGGAUAUUUUCUUCGGUACGCGGAACACAACAAAGAACAAGGAAAAUGGAUGAUUGUAGAUUUCCCGAUCGAUCGUUUUCACGGUUUGAUCAAACCAGCUUCAGCUGCUACUUCUACUGAUCAGUACCGGAGAAAACCUUCUGGUUGCAUCAUUCAGGACAUGCCUGACGGAUACUCUCAAGUCACGUGGGUAGAGCACGUGGAAGUGGAGGAGAAGCACGUGCACCACGAGAUGGUUCGAGAGUAUGUUCAGAGCGGUGCUGCCUUUGGUGCUGACCGGUGGCUAGCUGUGUUACAGAGACAGUGUGAGAGAAUGGUUAGUCUUAUGGCUACAAACAUAACUGACCUUGGAGUGAUUCCAUCUGCAGAAGCAAGGAAGAACUUGAUGAGGCUCUCGCAGAGAAUGGUGAGAUCGUUCUGUCUGAAUAUAAGCGAUUCGUACAGACAAUCACUGUCUGGAUCAAUAAAGGACACAGUGAGAAUCACGAGCAAGAAAGUUUGUGAUGGUCUUCUGCUAUGUGCCGUUUCAACCACGCUUCUUCCUUUUUCUCAUCUUCGAGUCUUUGAUCUUCUCCGCGAUGAUCAUCGUCGCUCUCAGGAGAUUUUGUUCAAUGGGAAUUCAAUUCAAGAACUUGCUCAUAUCGCUAAUGGAUCACAUCCCGGAAAUUGCAUCUCUCUGCUUCGUAACAAUGUAGAGUUAAUGCUUCAAGAAACUAGCACUGAUAACUCCGGCAGUCUUGUUGUUUACUCCACCGUCAACGCCGUUCAGCUCGCUAUGUACGGCGAGGAUCCUUCUAAGAUUCCUCUUUUACCCUUCGGAGCCUCUAUUGUUCCGGUGAAUCCAUCCGAGGGUAUUUUCAUCAAUGCGCCUUCUUGUUUGCUCACUGUUGGGAUUCAGGUCCUGACGAGCAAUGUCUCCGACGCAAGAUUCGACCUUUCCACCGUCUCCGCCAUCCACAACCGUGUUUGCUCCACCGUAAACCAGAUCACAUCCGCCCUCGGAAGCUCCGGCGUUGGUAAUUAG